AAAUGCCCCAACUAGAUGUGUGAUGAAUUUUUAGAUGUGAUCUACUGGUUUCGACAGAUCAUCGCUGUGGUUCUGGGUGUCAUUUGGGGAGUUUUGCCAUUGCGAGGUUUCUUGGGAAUAGCAGGAUUCUGCCUGAUCAAUGCAGGAGUCCUGUACCUCUAUUUCAGCAAUUACCUACAGAUCGAUGAGGAAGAGUACGGUGGCACGUGGGAACUCACAAAAGAAGGUUUUAUGACAUCUUUUGCGUUGUUUAUGGUCAUUUGGAUCAUCUUUUACACUGCCAUCCACUAUGAUUGAUAGUGGACAGACAGCUCCCACCUGUUUCCUGUCCAGUCCAAAGGACCCUCUUAAUUACAGCACAGAAAAAUAAUCACUGGGGCUCCCCGGCCACAUGGAACCUGGAAGACCC